GGAGCGGCUGCUGGCGGCGCGGCGGCUCGGCUCGGCGGCGGGCGGGCGCAGGCGGGCGGCGCGGCGGCGGACGGCGGCGGGCGGCCCGGGGCGGGCUCGCGGCGACGCGGCGGAGCGGGGGGCGCCCGCGGCGGCCGCGCUCUCCAUGGGCAGCGCGCACUUGCUCGACAAGGGCCUGCCGCUCGUCCGGCUCUGACCCGGGACCAGGCUGGGCGCCCAAGGACACAUGUCCAGGAGGCCGGGCGGGACAUGGCAGGCGUCCGACCCCCGAUCAUGAACGGGCCCCUGCACCCCAGGCCCCUGGUGGCUCUGCUGGAUGGCCGCGACUGCACCGUGGAGAUGCCCAUCCUCAAGGAUGUGGCCACCGUAGCCUUCUGUGAUGCCCAGUCCACUCAGGAGAUCCACGAGAAGGUGCUGAACGAGGCGGUGGGCGCCCUCAUGUACCACACCAUCACGCUGACCCGCGAGGACCUGGAGAAGUUCAAGGCCCUGCGCAUCAUCGUGCGCAUCGGCAGCGGCUACGACAACAUCGACAUCAAGUCUGCUGGCGACCUGGGCAUCGCUGUCUGCAACGUGCCGGCGGCCUCUGUGGAGGAGACGGCAGACUCCACGCUCUGCCACAUCCUCAACCUGUACCGCAGGACCACGUGGCUGCACCAGGCGCUGCGGGAGGGCACCCGCGUGCAGAGCGUGGAGCAGAUCCGAGAGGUGGCCUCGGGUGCCGCUCGCAUCCGUGGGGAGACGCUCGGCAUCAUCGGGCUGGGCCGAGUGGGCCAGGCAGUGGCACUUCGGGCCAAGGCGUUCGGCUUCAACGUGCUGUUCUACGACCCUUACCUGGCGGAUGGCACGGAGCGCGCGCUGGGGCUGCAGCGGGUCAGCACGCUACAGGACCUCCUCUUCCACAGCGACUGCGUGAGCCUGCACUGCGGCCUCAACGAACACAACCACCACCUGGUCAACGACUUCACCGUCAAGCAGAUGAGACAGGGCGCCUUCCUGGUGAACACAGCACGGGGCGGCCUGGUGGACGAGAAGGCGCUGGCCCAGGCGCUCAAGGAGGGACGCAUCCGUGGGGCAGCCCUGGACGUGCAUGAGUCGGAGCCCUUCAGUUUCAGUCAGGGCCCUCUGAAGGACGCCCCCAACCUGAUCUGUACCCCACACGCCGCCUGGUACAGUGAGCAGGCCUCCAUCGAGAUGCGCGAGGAAGCGGCCCGGGAGAUCCGGAGGGCCAUCACAGGCCGCAUCCCCGAUAGUCUGAAGAACUGCGUCAACAAGGACCACCUGACAGCCGCUACCCACUGGGCCAGCAUGGACCCCGGUGUGGUGCACCCUGAGCUCAAUGGGGCAGCCUACAGCAGGUACCCGCCGGGUGUAGUUGGCGUGGCGCCCACGGGCCUCCCAGCGGCCGUGGAGGGCAUCGUGCCCAGUGCCAUGUCCCUGUCGCACGGGCUGCCCCCCGUGUCCCACCCCCCCCACGCCCCAUCCCCCGGCCAGACCGUCAAGCCCGAGGCGGACCGAGACCACGCGAGUGACCAGUUGUAGCCGGGGCACUGCAGAGACUGAGGGGCCGUGUCCCCGGCCUGGCAGAGCCUCAGCCGCCCUCCGUGAAUGUCCGUGUCCGUGUCCGUUCCCGGCGCCGGCCUCCCCACAGGGCAGGGCGCCGUCUACCUGCUUGUCUUAUUCUAGAGUGACGUAGAGAAAACAACAGAGGCUGUCCCGUCCGUCGGCAUGACCCCUUCAGCAGCCGCCGGGGGCCAGGUCCGCCCCCGCUCCCUGCUAGGCUAGCAAUAUUUUGGUUAAAAUCAUGUUUGUGACUGUAACCAUUUGUAUGAAUUAUUUUAAAAAAAAUAAAAGUCCCAGAAAGAG